CGAAUGGACGUCUCAAUUUUCCUUUUAUUUACUUUUACGUUAAAAAACAAACUUUUAGAACUACGUAUUAAAGGAAUAUUUAAAAAAAUUAACUAAAUUAAUAAACUCACUGGGAUUAAAGCAAAAGGCGAUUGUGUUCGAUGAUUAAAUAAAUAAAAAAUACGCUAGGAUUUUAAAUCAAAAACAUAUCAAUUCGCUUUUUAAAUUAUUAAACAAAGUUUUGUAUUAAAUUUUAAUCGUAAAUCAAAGUUUAUUGCUUAAAUUCAUUUUAUUCAAUAUCUUAUAGGAACAGUGAUGUGUUAAUGAUAAUGAACGGACGUGUUGUGGAAACUGACGCGGAAAAGGCGGGAAAGAGUGACAGACAUUCAGCUGUGGACGUCAGCAAUGGCUCCAAUAGGGAGUUGGAGAACAACCGAUGGCAACCACCGACAACGCAUGGACUGGCAGCAUAUCCAGCCACGGGGGACCGCUCGACGCUGCUCAAGGCACACGCCGCGAAGUCAGCGGAGUGCAGUGGUCAGAGCUCACCGCGACCACGCCGGGCGCCUAGGGAAUCUCGUCGCGUUUCCCUCGCCCAAGCCUCUGGAUACGUCCAGCUCAACCAAUACAGACUCCUUGAACCUAUCGGACAGGGCUCGUAUGGGAUCGUCAAGUUAGCUUACAAUGAAGAAGACGACACACAUUACGCUAUGAAGAUCUUGUCUAAAAGGAAACUCAUGCGAAGAGCCGGCUUGUUUGGCAGAACUCCCCCGAGAAGACCAGGACCUGGUCCUCCGCCUGACCCUCUACAGAGGGUCUAUAGAGAAAUCGCAGUGCUCAAGAAACUAGAUCAUGCUAAUGUUGUGAAAUUAGUUGAGGUAUUAGACGACCCUGCCGAAGACCAACUCUACCUGGUCUUCCAACUCCUGGAAGGCGGUCCAGUGAUAGACAUCCCGACAGACAAUCCUUUGAAAGAAGACCUGGCCAGGAAGUACUUCAGGGACACUUUACUGGGUGUGGAAUAUCUGCACUUCCAAAGGAUAGCCCACCGCGACAUCAAGCCGGCGAACCUGCUGCUGCGCGAGGGUGGCGUCCAGGUCGCGGAUCUGGGCGCGUGCGGCGAGCUGGCGGGCGCCGGCCGCGUGUCGGGCGCCGUCGGCACGCCCGCCUUCCGCGCGCCGGAGACCUUCGCCGGACCAGAAAACUACGACGGACAGGCAGCUGACAUUUGGUCUCUCGGGGUGACGUUGUACGCGAUGGUGACAGGCAGAGUUCCUUGGGUCGGAACUUCCGUCGUGGAGCUCCAGAGAAAAAUCCUGAAUGAGCCGCUGACAUACCCUGCGAGAUACCAGCCUUCGAAAUCGCUGAGGCAUCUUCUUAGUCGCAUGCUAGAUAAAGACCCAGCAAAAAGAGCCACUAUGCCGGAAAUUAAGGACGACGAAUGGAUCACAGCGGGAGGCAGGGACCUCUUGCCCUCGGAGCAGGAGAACUGCAGGCUGGUAGAGGUCACGGACGAGGAUAUGGCGAGAGUCGUCACCUCUAUACCUAACCUCUCUACGCUCAUACUCAUCAAGACUAUGCUUAAAAAGCACAGCUUUCAGAACCCUUUCUUACGAAGUCGCGAAGGCAGCACUUCAAGAAGAGAAUCCGGUAGCGGGAAAGGAGAGGGAGAGAAAACCGCGGCCGCCAAGAGAAGUGGUCUCGCCCGGACUGGUAGAUCCCUCUCAGCGCCCGGCAACUAUCUCACUGAGAGACAAUCUUCAUUUGACGUAGCCCUGGAGUCAGUCGCAGAACGAGAUCAGAACCAAGAGAAGGAGAAGUCUCCAGUCAAGGGCGAAGGGGAGUCUCGGUGAUGUCCUGGACCCCGCGGGGGUCACUCACCGUCCGCGGAGACCCGCCUCCACCCUGCCCCGGGGGUGCCGCUACUCCCAGCACUCCCCUGCUAGCGCCGCCCACUCCCCCACAGAGAGGACACACAGAGUGCAUCCAAGUGCGGACGCGCCGGCCUCACCACACGGAGGAGGAUUGUCAGCAACGUCACCACGUGUGUGACAUCAGAAAGCAACUUAACUAAAGUGUAACCGUCACGGAUGACUGAAGAUCCUAUAACCAUUUCAAAGUUUAACAGCUUUGUUUGUUCAUCUUGUGAAAACCUUAGAUGAGAU